AAGUUAAUAAUCGUUAAUCUGUAAUCUGCAUUAAAUGCACUCCAUUAUUUGAAUAUUAUUGUGAUUAAUAAAAAAAAUACACUUUUUUAUCUUUCAUUCAUUAAUUUCUCGAUUGAUAUUAUGUAGCACAUAAUAUAUAUAUUUCAAAAUAAUGCUUCACUUAUAAAAAGUGAGUUUUUUACGAAUUUUAUUGUUCUGCAAAAAUAUCUAAUUUACUUUCUACCACUCCAUUGACUGUACAACAUGUGUAACUAUCGUCAACGAACUGAAACGUAAACAGAUGGAUUAACCGUUGUCAAUAGUUAUGGUAACAGAAUAUAUGUAUCGAUCGACGCAUAUCAUUUGUACGACACCAUGUGUAUACGAUAUUCAGUCGUUCCUGCAACUUCGUUGAGGAAACAUGAUGGCGGAUGACAUUGCCGCAAUUCAGAAGAAGUUUGGUAGUCUGAACGAAUAUAGUAUACAAUUGAACAGAUGGCUUUCAAAAACGAUAGGCGUAUGGCCACUUCCAUCCUCUACCUCGAAAUUCGAGAAAAUAAUGACAAAGAUUUUAAUUUUUUUUUGUUGGAUUAUCGCUUUAUUCGUCAUAAUACCAAGCUUGUUAUAUUUUGCUCUCGUGAAAGAGGAUAUUAUCUCAAAAUUAAAAACGCUUGGCCCUAUAAGUUAUUGCUUUGGUGGAGGGCUUAAUUAUGCAGUGUUGUUGCUUCGUAAAGACGAUAUACGCUACUGUAUAGACCAUAUAGAAACCGAUUGGAAGGCUAUUACGAGGACAGGCGAUCGGCAAGUAAUGUUUAAAAACGCAAAAAUUGGUCGCAUCGUUUCCGGUUGUGUCGCGGGCUUCCUACAACUUAGUACUAUUUCUUUCUGCACUGUAUUUGGAGUUUUCAAAAGGAAAAUUAAAAUCGGCAACGAAAGUAUGGAAAUAUACGUCUUACCUUUUCCAACUUAUAAAAUUCCGGUUGAUACUAAUCCAGGGCACAGUAUUGUACUUGGUUUUCAAUUUCUGGCCGGAUAUAUUAUGAGCGCUACUGUUGUUAUCGCUUUCAGUCUUGCUACAGUAUUUGCAUGCCACGCUGUUGGCCAAUUAACUAUAAUGAUUACUUGGAUCGAAGAAUUUGUAAAUCGGCCACAACAAGAAAAUAAGAAUGUGCGCAUUGAUGAAAUAAGUGUAAUUAUUGAACAUCAUUUGAGAAUUCUAAGUUUUCUAGGACGUACAGAACAUCUCUUGAGUCCAAUAUGUUUCAUGGAAAUGUUCAAGAAUAUUUUGAGUAUAUGCAUGCUUAGCUAUUGCAUUCUUGCGGAAUGGUAUGGACGUGACGUUAGGGUGCUCGGUGCAUAUGCUUUUUCAGUAACGUGUAUAACAUUAAAUACAUUUUUAAUAUGUUAUAUCGGUGAAAUACUUUCUGAAAAAUGUAAAAAAAUUAGUAACAUGAUUUACAUGACAAAUUGGUAUCGAUUAUCUGAAAAAGAUAUUCUUAAUCUGAUUAUGAUAAUGAUACGAUCUGGAAUGGAAUACAAAAUGACUGCCGGAAAGAUAAUUAAUAUGUCAGUGAUUACAUUUGGUAAUAUAAUAAAAACUAUUUUUGCGUAUUUAAAUAUAUUACGCCAAAUGACAAUAUUGUAAAGUGCACACGAAUUGAGUAUAUAAAAAAAUGUAUCUUACAUAUCUAAUAAUAAACUUUGCAUAUUAGUAAUUUCA